AUGGAGGCCGUUGAAACCGUGGACGUCAGUUGGCUACAUCACUCGCACAAAGGUAAAAACGGGUCCCUUGCGGUUUUCACAUUUGAGUACCUACCUAGGAUACUGAUCUACCUCUUAGAUCAUCUCUCCCGAUGUCGGUCAGCAUCAUCGGCUGUGAGUGACAAGUCCGCUGCCGACUCUGAUGCGACAGCCGCUCAGCAGUCGACGACGCUCGAUGCUACAUCUACAUCCUCCCCCAACGGCAUAGCUUCCACUCCAGGACCUCUGACAUCCCCUACCGCGGAGAACAGCGUGGAUCCCAGUCACAAGGACACCGCAACGCCCGACUCAGAAGGAAAGGCGGCUGACAAAUCGGCCGGGGCUCAGAAAACCGCUCCCAAGCAGAGUUCGCCGCGGCCGAUCUCUGGCCGAAGGAACUCAUGGAUUUCCAACCUCAGCUCGAAAUUCUCCUCUGGAUCAACGCCUCCGUCGCUCUCGACUUUCAAACCAAACUCUUCAAGUCCUAAGAACGCCAGUCCGAUUUCGAAACUUGACACCCAUAACCCGUUUGGGGCGGCCUAUUCUCCGUGGGAGAAGGAUGACGAACACAAGGAGGAUCCCGCCCCGCUGGCUUCGACUUCUCCCAAGGGGCCGUCUUUUUUCCAGAAUGCCUUCCGUAAACUCUCUUCCUCCGGAUCGAGCGGGCCGGGGAAGCUCGUGCCCAACGGCGGGCUCUGCCAACGGCGGGUCAUGAAUGUCGAUCAGCAACGAGACCGCUGUAAAAUCGCCGAGCUGGAUCAAGCCAAACUGCGUCGUGUCGCAUUCUGUGUCGAUGUCGAGAUCGCAGGUGUCUCCCGGCGGGAGGCUGCCGACAGUGUCGCCCAAGCGAGCAAUGGCCAGCUUCAGCCCCAGCCCCAGCCUCAGCCUCAGCCUCAACUGUCAGACACAACCACGCAGAAAAACAAAAAGGCGGACUCUAAAUCCAAGGGCAAGAAAGAUGCCAACGGCGGCGCUGCCAAUGGCAUGGCGAACCCCCAGGUCGUAACAGAGAGCGAAGCCAAACCUACUACCGAGGUCAAAGAGCCUACCAAAGAGCCCACCAGAAAACAGGAGAAGAAGAAGCGAUCGGAGGAAGAACGACGAGAACGCAAGGAGCGCAAAAGGCGACUGGCCGAGGUAAACGGCACGAUCCCGCUUCAACUGCGUGUCGAUGACGAUGAAGAUGACGAACCAUCAUCAUCCGGGCCAACACCUUCCACCACUCGCUCCAAGUCUCAAAGUCACCCUACUACAGACCCGGUUCGAAUCUAUCGCCGAUGCUGUCAGCUGCGGGAAACGCCGGUUCUGAAAGGGGUUGUCGAUCAGAUCUCCGCCCCGUCAUCUACCUUGGCAGAGGCGCCGGGCACGGUUGCCGUGCUGGAUCUCUCCAACUUCCCCAUGAACUCGCAAGACAUUGCGACAUUCGGCGACUGGCUGGCGAUCGUUCCCGUGCGCAAGCUGAUACUCGAAAACUGUGCCUUGACGGAUGAAUCCGUGCGAGUCAUCCUCGCCGGCCUGUUGUCUACGAAAACUGUCGAACAGAUGAGACUAAGACGGAAACGGUUAAAAAAGUCCAAGGGAACUACUGCUGCACCGGAAAAGGAGAGUUUUGGUGUCGUGGAGAAACUGUCUUUCAAAGACAACCCCAAGAUCGGACCGGAAGGUUGGCGCCAUAUCAGCCUGUUCGUGCAUCUGUCCAAGUCGCUGAAAGCCAUCGAUCUGUCUGGCAUUCCGCUCCCCAGGGCCCAGGUCCUGCAUAACGGUGGCCUGGGAUCCAUGGCGCGACCCCAGAAGCCGGCAGUAGAUGUGCCCACUGUCUUUGCCAACUCACUUGCCGAGCGGUUUGGAGGCGACCACCUCGAGGAGUUGUUGCUGAGUGAAUGCAACCCCACGACCGAUGACGUCCAGAAGAUAUGUGAUGCUGCGAUUGCGGUCGGACUCCGGCGGCUUGGAUUCGCAAACAACAAUCUCGACAGGCAGGGUCUGGAGCAUGUGGUGCGGUACCUAGCGGCUGGCAAGUGCGAGGGCCUCGAUCUCGGUGGUAAUCAGCUGAGCGACCACCUGGACCUUCUCAUCGCCGCCAUCGACGCAAGCCAGCCCCUCUACGCUCUGAGCCUGGCAGAUUGCUCGUUAACCCCCUCGGUCAUGGCCCCUUUACUCCAGAGCUUUACCCAGCUGCCCGACUUUCGAUUUGUCGACUUUUCUCACAAUCCGGAUCUAUUCUCUAGCCAGCCAGAUGCCCUGGCGACGUUCCGACGAUUUCUCCCCAAGAUGCUCUCGCUGAAACGCAUCCACCUUGCCGAUGUCAACCUGUCGCCCGAUCAUGCGAUCGCCCUGGCCGAGAUCCUUCCUGAAUGCCCGAGCCUGUGCCAUCUGAAUGUCUUGGAGAACCCCGCGAUCGUCAAGACCGCAUCAACUGCGGAUCCCAAAACCCAGGAGGAGGCGUGCGCGGUCUAUGCCUCGUUGAUGGCGGCCGUUCGGGUCUCCCGGUCAAUCAUCGCCGUGGACAUUGAAGUUCCCAGUGCCGAGAGCAACGAAGUGGUCAAGGCGCUCGCAUCGCAAAUCGUUGCGUACUCCCUUCGCAACCUGGAGCAGAAUGCGAUGGGCGAAGAAGUGGUGAGUCUUGUCGGUCCGGCAGCACCCGCCGCGCGGCCUCACGUGCCUGUUCCCGAAAUUCUGCAGCAUAUCGUCGGGCAUAACGACUAUGAAGACGCCGGGGACGAUGACGACGAGCCGGCACCAGACGAAGACUACGUCCUUGGCGGCACCGGUGUGGUCAAGGCUCUGGGUGUCUGCCUCGGUGCCCUGGACCAUCACCGCAGCGAAAGUUACGGGGACCACUCGGCUCCGCCCAGCGGAACCUCGACGCCCCGUCACCGCAAGGCGAAACCGAUCACUUCCAAGAAACCGCUAGACAUGUCAAAGAAUCUCCUCGCUUCGGCUCGCACCAUUCGGACUCGUAUCCAAUCGGCUCUUGUUCGCGAGGAUAGAGCUGGCAAUGAUCUGAACUAUAGACGUCUUCAGUUCCUUGAUUUUACCUUGAGCAGGAUGAUCCAGCGAUUCGAAGAUGAAUACCCCGAGACUCGCAUCAUUGCGCCCCCCACCCCUUUGAUUCCCAACGACGUGAGCUCACAGAAUUCCGAUGAAUGCCCCACCGCCAUGAGCGGAGGGGAUCUUGGAUUGAACGGCAACCCGGCCGAUGGCGACACGGCAAUUGAUGACGAGGAUACGGACCACUAUCUGAUUAGACUGUCGCGAUCCAGCUCCAUGACCUCGCUACAUUCGCGGGCAAUGACCUCUGAGGAAGGCCACGUCCACCGCCUGGGCCAGAACCUGCGGCGGGAUUUCCUCAAGUCAUCCAUGGAUCCGCAGGAUGAGGAUGAUGACGGCUUCUCGUCGCCAUCUUUCGCCAAACCGUCCUACGACGCCCUCCAGGAGAAGCUAGAACGGCUCCAGGACGAGCAGGCACGCACUCUCUCCGAGGGGGCGGGCGUGGGAAAGGCCAUGGAGAAAGUCGGGUCCACCGUCGAGGAUCUGUGGAUGACCCAGAAACAGGACGCCGAAGCCUUUGCCAAGUUCAAAGAAAGCCAGAUCGCCGCGCAGAUCAACAGUGGUAUGCGAAAGCCGAAUCUCGGCAACGACGACGUUGGCCCUAAGGAUGAAACACAUUUAAAUGAACCGAAAUGA